ACGGAGAAACGCACUUAUGCUAACCAAAUUCUUACAAAUUAUCGGAAUAUUCCGUUAUCAUUGAUAAAAAACUCUACUUGACAUUUUGUACAAGCAAUACACGAAUAUACGUUGAUAAAGUACGUAAAGGAAAUGUAGAAAGUCAGUUUGAGGAAGUGAGUUGAAGCUGUGUUGUGUUGUCGUGUUUUUACCCGCCUGCGCAGAAGCAAAAGGAGGGUUAUUACUUUUAAAAUGGGGAAUAAAGACCGAACAUGGAUUACGCCUUUCAAAAAGCAGUGUUUCGUUACUCUGGGAGUAUGCCUAAAUAUGGCUGGACAUGGUUUAGUGAUGGGAUUCGCCGCCAUCUUGCUCCACCAACUCAAGGAGCCGGGGUCGCCCAUACCCAUCGAUGACACUUCCAAAUCUUGGAUUGCAUCGAUCCUGGGCAUCGCGCUGGUUGCUGGUAACUUCAUCGUUCCCACCAUCAUGGCUAAAUUCGGAAGAAGAACGGCCAAUCUUGUCUCCAUCGUCCCGCUGUUGGUCGGGUGGUUUUGUAUACUUACUGCUAACAGUGUUACUACUCUUCUAAUAGCUAGAGUUUUGCAAGGAAUAUCUAUGGGAAUGAGCGCAUCUUUAGGCCCCGUUUUGAUCGGAGAGUAUACUAGUCCAAACAACAGGGGAGCCUUCCUUACCAGUAUAUCCCUGACCAUAGCCACAGGAGUCUUAACAGUGCACACUAUGGGAUCUUAUCUGUCCUGGGAAACUACCGCGUUGGUCUGUGCAUUUAUUGCAUUCGCGGAUCUGUUAAUAGUUAUAUAUUCACCAGAAUCGCCUAGUUUCCUGGCUGAUCAAGGGAAGUAUGAAGAGAGCAAGAAGGUGUUCAGAUGGCUAAGAGGUGAUGGGGAAGAAGAAGAGUUACAGAGGAUGAUUGAAUCCGCGACAAUUGUUAGAGAAGCGAAAAUGGAUGUUGAUGUUGACGAGUCUUUCGGUAAAAAGGUGAACGCUGCUCUGGUUUACUUCGGAGCGACGAUUAAGAAGAGGGAGUUUUAUAAACCUAUUUUUAUCAUGUGUCAUAUCUAUACAUUAGGCCAAUGGGCUGGCGCUAACAUUCUGGCCGCGUACACUAUAGACAUCUUCGAAAAUGUCAUAGGACCCGUGGACAUCGCACUAAUGAUUAUUACUUUAGAUACCCAGCGAAUUAUUUCGAACGCAUGCGCUGUUUACGUUAUAAAGAAGGUUAAACGCCGGACGAUGUUAUUGGUAACAGUUUGUAUAAAUAUUUUCGCGUUUUUGGCGACAGCUGCUUACACCUACUGCAAGGCUCAUGAUCUGUUGCCUUUCGAUGACCAUCCUUUGAUAGGAGCAACAUUGGUACAUAUUCAUAUGUUCUCAAUAGCAACAGGAACUGUGCCUUUGCCUUUCAUAAUAGCAGGAGAAUUAUUUCCUUUAGAAUACAGAAGUUUAGCUGGAGGGAUUAGUGUAAUAUUUUUAUCGUCGAAUCUGUUCAUUACUGUGAAAACUUUACCAGUGUUAUUCAAAACGAUAGGAAUACAUGGCGCUUAUUGCUUGUACGCUGGCGUGGUUGCGUAUUGUUUGAUAGUAGCUAUGAAGUUUCUGCCAGAGACAAAAGAUAGGACGCUUCAAGAUAUUGAAGAUGAAUUCAGAGGUAGACCUCUCUCUCCUGAAGAAUUGAAGUCUGUAGAGUCGUUGACUUCGUGGAAGCUGUACCACAACAGAGAUAGACGGUGCAGUAGUCCUCUUGUAUAGAAUAGAAGUAGAAGUAGUAGUGUUAUGGACUUAGAAAGAGACUAAGGGACAAUAGAGGGGGAAGGGAGAUCUUUGUGAUCUGUGUUGUAUACAGGGCGUUAGUGAAAUCGUAAUGAAAAUAUUGAGGGAUGAUACAGACCAUGACUCUGAAAUAAUAUCAAGUGGAAUUUUCCGUCGCAGAAGUAUGAAACUGAAAAUUUACAAAAAAACACAUUUUUUCUGCAUUUCCGACAAGAAAUUCCACUUGAUAUCAACUCAGAAUCAGUGUCUAUAAAUCAUGUCCCUCAGUAUCCGUUACGGUGUCACUACACCUAUGCGUACUUGUAUGGCAACCUGUACGGAGUGUAAGUAAAUUCGUAACGAAUACUGGGGAGGAUGAUUCAGCUCAUUAUUCUGAGUUAAUAUCAAGCGGAAUUUUCCAUCGCAAAAGAGUAUAAUUGAAAAUAAUUUUAAAACACACAAAUAACCAUGAAUUUUGCGACGGAAAAUUCCAUUUGGUAUCAACUUGUACGAUACCUUCGGUGCAAUAAACUUUAGUGACGAAAAAUAAAUAUUUUAGUACCUAUAGCAAUAGCAGUAAAGUAGUAGUACUAGGUAUGUAGAUAAAGUAGCGUGGAGAAUGCUACAGCGACGAGAGAGUGACUCUUAAAUUAAUGAUGAUGAUGAGAAAUGCAAAUAAGUAUUAGAACGACAUGGGAAAAAAAUGCUCAUUGGCUUUAUGACCUGUUCAUACUAGCGAUUUACCCGGCGAUUUUUCAGAGAUUUGACGGCGAGGUGAGAUCGCGGCGUGCACGAGGCGAGCACGCGACGCACUCGCCUCGUGCACGAUUCGAUUUACUCAUCACCGCGAGCCCACGUCGAGCACACCGCAAUCUUUCCGUUGUGACCGUCACGGGCCGUUUUCAUCAUUCACAACAUGGACUCCGACGAGGAGAUACUUCUAGCUGUCUUACUUAGAAGACGAUUAAAUCGAACGGUAGCGAAAUGUGGGUAGUGUGCUACUAAAAAUAAUCGCGGAGAAAUUGUGGCGUGCUCGCCGCGAGCACACAGAGAUAUCGUGGCGAUGUCGCCGCGUGCACGCCGCGAUCUCGCCUCGCCGUCAAAUCGCUGGACAAAUCGCUAGUGUGAACCUACCCUAAAAUGUAUUACCUACCUACUACGUAAUUUAAAAAAAGUGAAUUUUAAGGCUGUGUUAGCAGUUCAGCAUAGGGUAUUUUGUAAGUUAUAGAUGCUAAUUCCUAUACACACAAUCUAACUUUAUUUUAAGUUAUACCGGUCAUUAUCUUAUGUGCCUAAAAGGAAAGGGACGGAUGAUUGACGGCUGUUAAUUUUAAAGUGUAUCUCGCUGGCUUGCAACCCGUUUGACGUGUGCUAACAUAACUCCGUCGGGUUAUUGGCCGAUGUAAAAUUUUUAGAGGGUUGUUUUAGAUUUUUGCGUAAAAUUGACUUGUGUUCCAUUAUGCCUGUCGAUUAUCCGUCCCUUUCUUUUUCGGCGGAUAACUAAAUGGCAGGUAUAAAUUAAAAUAAAAUUGUUGUAAAUUAUAUAAUUUAAUUAAGAUUGUUUUAAUGGCAUGAGAAAACGAAAAAACGUAUUUAAAAAGACAUGAGCUCAAAUAAUCGUAAUAUUUAUUUAACUUCAUGGUAGGUACUUAUCUAAUAUUUAAGUAGCUAAACACUUGAGUGCGCUGCGCAAUGAAAAAUAAUAAUUGUACAAACACACAGGAUGGUAGUGACAUGGUACCGAAUACUGAGGGGGAUGAUUCAGACCAUGAUUGAGCACUUUUGUUCUGAGAUUCUGAGUUAAUAUCAAGUGGAAAAUUCCACUUGAUAUCAACUCGGAAUCAUCCCUCAAAAGUUUUCGUUACGGUGUCAUUAACACCCUGUAUUCUUAGGGUAGAAAACUCGUGCAUUAGAUUUUGUGGGCGUUUGAAAUAAUGUCGUAGACUGUACCAAGUCAGUGACUGUACCAUUCAGUAUUUGGUUGUAUGUGAAUAAAGGUAUUAUUUUUGUAAAAAUCUCGUAUUUGAAUGGGAGUCCCCAUUCUCCCUGAACCUAUCCCCUUUUUAUGUGUGUAUGUGUCGAU